AUGCGACCUGUUGUCGCUAGUUCUACUACUCCAAAUGGUGCAUCAACCACUGGAACAGAUCAUAUCAGACUACGUGGAGUUGCUCCAACCCCAUCAUUUGUCCCGUCUAACUUGUCGACAGCAGAUGUACAACACAGUUCGGACAUUCGAGUUGGGCGUCAUCGAGCAAAGUUGGAUGAAAUUCGAGCAUCUCUAAAGGCAUAUGAGCAUGAAUCGGGACCAUCUUCACCCGCCAACCACGUGCUAAAUGGUUCUCAAACGACGCCUUCAUCAUCAUCUGUUAGUCAUUCUGACAUCACCAACGACAACACGGAAAUGAUGAAUUCAUCUUCUUCUACGGCAGCAACGACGACAGUCUCGAGCGGCGUUGUAUCACAUUUGAGUUCUUUUCGAACAGAAGGAGGACCAAAAAUGAGGAUAGCUCCUAUGCCACAACGUCAUUUGAUGAUGGAAACAGGCAAUGAAGUGGUUUAUCGAACUGGAAAAGAGAUGAUUCGAAAUGGAAAUGUUCCAAGUGCCACACCAGUUGUUGAAGAAUCAAUUAGGAUACACCCAUCUGGAUAUCGAUAUGACAUGCCAACACCUGCAUAUCAUAUGAAUAAUAAUGCUCCACAGUAUUCACCUGGAUAUUCUCGUCCACCUCCUCCAGCAUAUGAUGCGCCUCCAAUGAAUACUCGAAUGACUCCAGUGGCUGCUGACAACUACCGUACUCACCUGCACAUCAAAACCCAGCCAGCUCCAAAAGUCCAAACAAACCAAAUCAUUUUCCAACACACGAAGAACAUGGCUCCACCCCCACCUGGAAAAUCAACAAUUUCUAUCGAGACAAUAAACGAAGAAAGAAAAACAGAUAACUUUCAAAGACUAUAUCACACUUCAAUGGACAAGAAAACAGCAAGCAGUGUAGUCAGUAUUAAUGUGGCUUCUCCUCAUACGACAAAAGUGAAUGUUGGAGACAGUCCACUUCCUAGUAAAUCAUUUAUUAUUGGUCCGAGGUAUACUACUGAUAUGGAUAGAUCAAAAAAUUUUGUGAAUUAUAAGGACGAGCUCCGACCUGAUCCCCGACUAGUGCCUUCAACAUCGGAUGCGAAUCACGAAGAUUUUCGGCCUAUCCUCUUCAAACCAUCAAACCUCGAUAUAACUUUCAAAUCAAGACCACAAGCUCCGCCCCCUCAAUACAAUCAACCAAGUGAGCCUCCACCAAAAAGAGUCAGCUCUCCAAUCGAUCGAUCUCUACUUGAUCCGUAUCUGAAGAACACAAGAAGAGUGCAACCAUGCAAACCGAAUAUGCUUCGAUUUUACAUGGAACAACAUGUCGAGCGUCUUCUCCAACAAUAUCGAGAAAGGGAAAAACGAAUGAGACAGUUGCAAAAAGAAAUGGCAGCAGCUCAAUUGCCAGAUAUGAUGAGAGAUAAAAUGUUGGGUAUUCUACAACAAAAAGAAUCCAGAUACACAAGAUUACGAAGACAAAAAAUGAGCAAAAACAAUUUUAUUGUUAUCUCGCAUAUCGGAGUUGGAGCAUUCGGAAAAGUUUCAUUGGUUCGGAAAAAGGAUACAGACAAGGUUUAUGCUAUGAAGAGUUUGGAAAAGGCUGAUGUAAUCAUGAAGCAACAGGCAGCUCAUGUAAAAGCAGAAAGAGAUAUUCUAGCUGAGGCCGACUCACCAUGGAUCGUUCGUCUGUUUUUCUCUUUUCAAGAUGACGCUUGUCUGUAUUUCAUUAUGGAAUAUGUUCCUGGAGGAGAUAUGAUGACGUUGUUGAUUCAUAAAGGAAUUUUCGAAGAGCCACUCGCUAGAUUUUAUAUUGCCGAGUUGACAUGUGCAAUUGAAUAUGUUCAUUCUGUUGGAUUCAUUCAUAGAGAUCUGAAGCCAGACAAUAUUCUCAUCGAUCAACAUGGCCAUAUCAAGCUGACUGAUUUUGGUCUUUGUACUGGAUUGAGAUGGACUCAUGAUAGAAGAUACUACGGACCUGAAAACGAACAUCAACGAGUCGAUUCAUUUUCCCUUCCACCAGAAGUUGGAGCCAGUCCUCAAAGUGCAAAACUGCUGAACGUCCGACAACAAACCCGCCGAAAAACUGCUCAUUCGUUAGUGGGAACUGGAAACUAUAUGGCUCCAGAAGUGAUUGCAAAGACUGGACAUACUCAAAGUUGCGAUUGGUGGUCGACUGGAGUGAUUCUGUAUGAAAUGGUGUUUGGAAGAGUCCCAUUUCACGAUGAUGCCCCCGGUGGAACACAAUAUCGAAUUAAGAAUUGGAGAAAGUAUUUGGAUUUGAGUUAUGGCGUAAAUCUGUCAACUGAGUGUAUCAUGAUGGUUCAGCAACUCAUUUGCGAUUCUUCCACUCGAUUGGGAACUCGAGGUGGAGCUUCACAAGUAAAACAACAUCCCUGGUUUAAGGGAAUUGAUUGGGAGAAUUUGAGAAAGUUGCGAGCUGAUUAUAUUUAUAUCCCAAGAGUUGCACAUGAUGAAGACACUUCCAAUUUUGAAACAUUUCAAGAUAACGACCGAACCGAUAAACCGAACGUUCGUGGUCUUCAUAAUCCCGCAUUCUAUGAAUUCACCUAUCGUCAUUUCUUCGAUACUGAUUCUGUUGGUUGUCCUUCUCUUCGUCCCGCCCGCCGCCGAUCUCUUCGUCCUCUUCUGGAGAAUGGAAUAUUCGAUGAAUCAGUUUCCGAAGAAGAUUCGUCAUCUCAUAUUUAA